AUCGACCGCCGCCUGUUGCCCCGUCGCCGUCCAACCAAUCGCCUCCGUCGCCGGCGAACGCUGCGCCGUCGACGUCCAGCCACCCCUCGUGUGCCCUCUAGCCAUUCUAGCGGCGCUUUCAUCCCCGACGACCGGCGCCCCUCGCAGUCUUGUAGUACAGCGCCCCUGGAGACUCGCAAUACAGUGCCACUUCGAUCCCCAUCGACCGGCGCUUCCAGCGCCGCCCCUUCGACGUCCAACAGUCCCCCUCGUCGUCGAGCCUCUCCAGCGCCUCUGCAUCGACCGGCGCGUCCUCGUCCUCCAGAUCCGACUCACUUCCUCGCCCUCGGUUUCCCUUCCAGCCCAGCGCCUCCAAAGCGACCAAAAAAGAAGGGAAAAUCAGGACGGUGUAGUUCUACGAAGACCAAGUUUGAGUGAUAGUGUUGCACCGCAGCCUCUCCAUUGACAGGUCCAGUGUCCACUCUUGCACAUCUCGAUCUAUGCUUGUUUAUGUAAUUUCUUCAUUGCCAUGUUAGAUCAUUAACUGUUAUACAUUCCAAAUUGUGCAAUAACAACAUUAUUGAAUGACGGAGCGUGGGUGGAUGUAUAGUGGUUGGACUCACAGUAAAUCAACUGAUGAGUGGUAUAAUAAGACAAAGGAAUUCAUAGAUUUUGCCUUCUCUAUGCCAAGUGUAGUCCAGAAUGGAAAGAUUAAGUGUCCGUGUGCUAAAUGUCGAAACUAUGAGAGCAAGAACAGGGAUGAUGUAGAGUUAGAUUUGUGUCAUUUUGGUUUCAAGCGGAAUUAUACUGUUUGGACAGCACAUGGUGAAGGGCAUGUCGAAAUUACAGACUAUGUAGAUGUUGUGGAGGCUAAUCGAAUGGACACUAUGUUGAAUGAUCUAGCUGCACGUGCCCCCCCAAUUGAACAACAACCAAUAGCUUCAGCCCAAGCUUUCUAUAGAAUGAUUGAUAGUGUAAAAGAGUUGGUGCAUGAAAAUACAAGCCACUCAACUAUGUCUGCCAUAGCACGGUUGUUGACAAUAAAGUCACAACACAAUCAACCUGAAUCUUGCUAUAAUGAUGCACUACAACUGAUCCAUGAGCUGCUGCCUAACAAUUCCUCACUGCCAAAGGACUUCUAUAGGUCAAAGAAAUUGCUAGAGGGUCUUGGUAUGCCAUAUCAUAAAAUUCAUGUUUGUCCCAAAAAUUGCAUGCUGUAUUACAAGGACAAUAAGAAUAAGCAAAAAUGUGAUUUUUGUAAGACCCCUAGGUACAAGGCUGGUUCAAAAAAGAUCCCACGUAAGGUGUUGCGGCACUUGCCUAUAAAAGAUAGGUUGCAGCGAUUGUUUGCACAUGAGGAGACCGCAAAAAUGUUGCGAUCGCACAAAGAAACUCCUGGUAAAAUGGUGCACACACGCGAUGGUGAAGCAUGGCAACAACUUGAUAAGGAUUACCCAGACUUUGCAUUAGAUCCUAGGAAUCAGCGAGUAGUUGUAUCCACGGAUGGCUUCACUCCUUAUAGUUUGUCUGCUGCUUCUUAUUCAUGCUGGCCAGUGUUUGUGGUUCCUUUAAAUCUGCCUCCUGAAGUCAUAAAUCGUUCUGAGUACAUAUUUCUUGCUCUUGUUAUCCCUGGUCCUGAACAUCCUGGAGCAAAACUCAAUGUCCUUAUGCAACCUUUGGUUGAUGAAUUGACUGAGUUGUGGGGUGGUGUUCAAACGUGGGAUGCAUAUGGGAAGGAAAACUUCCCGAUGAAGGCAGCCUAUCUAUGGUCAGUCCAUGAUUUUCCAGCCUUUGGAAUGGUUGCUGGGCGGAGCACCCACGGAAAAUUUUGUUGUUAUGAUUGCAUGAGUGAUACCAAAGCAUUCCGGUUAGAAAAUGGUGGAAAGGCUUGCUGGUUUGAUUGUCAUAGGAGGUUUCUUCCGAUAGGCCAUGAGUUUAGAACCCAAGCUGAUGCAUUUCGGAAAGACACAAUAAUAUUAGAUGAACCACCUAGGCAUUUGAAAGGUAAAGAAGUAGAAACCCAAAUGAGAGCCCAAGUAGGAAACACCAAAACAUAUGGAAAAGAACACAACUGGACACAUGUUAGUUGUUUCUGGGAUCUGCCUUACUUCAACAAAUUGCUUCUUCGGCAUUGUAUUGAUGUAAUGCACAAUGAGAAGAAUGUAGCUGAGGCUAUUUGGAACACAUGCUUUGACAUAACUGAUAAAACAAAAGAUAAUGUCAAAGCGAGGAAAGACCAAGCUAAGAUUUGCAAACGUCCUAAGAUGAAUCUAGUCGAAAAGCCAAAUGGCAAGUGGGAUAAGCCAAGGGCACCUUUCAGCAUUGAGGGGAAGCAUAAGGUCAUCAUUUUGAAUUGGUUCAAAAAGUUGUUGUUUCCUGAUGGGUAUGCUUCCAACUUCAGAAGAGGGGUUAAUCUGAAGGAGAAGAAAUUGUUUGGACUGAAAAGUCAUGAUUACCACAUAUUCAUUGAGCGUUUACUCCCAGCUGCUUUCCGUGGUUUUCUUCCUGAAGGCAUUUGGAUUUGUCUUUCCGAGCUUAGCUUUUUCUAUAGGCAGUUGUGUGCUAAACAACUCAGCAAAGACACAGUAGCAAGUCUGGAAAAGAACAUUGUGGUGAUUAUUUGCAAAUUAGAGAAGAUAUUCCCUCCUGGGUUUUUCAAUCCCAUGCAACACCUAAUGAUUCAUCUACCUCGCCAAGCCCGGCUAGCAGGCCCUGUCCAGAAUACAUGGAUGUAUCGGUUUGAGAGGUAUAUCUUACAUGAAAGUACAAAAAUGUUUUUUUACUUGGCAAAUGCAUUUAUUCAUAGCUUGUUUUUCUUUGAUUCAGGGGUAUUGGAAAACUAAGGAAGAAAGUACGUAAUAAGUCACGAGUUGAGGGAUCAAUAGCUGAGGCUUUCCUUAUUGAUGAGGCCACAAAUCUUUUCUCCCUUUAUUUUAAAUCUGAUGUGCACUCAGUUAGAAACCGACCACCUAGAUAUGAUGACGGCAGAUUGUCAUUUCAUUCCACUUGUGAUCUUGAAAUGUUUCAACAUCCCGGACGAUGCUUGAGCUAUAUGGGUCAUUAUGAUCUCACAACACAAGAAUACAAGGUGGCAUUCUUGUAUAUUUUGACUAACAUGC